AUGUCACCCGCUCUGAUUGUUAUGCUAUCGGGGAUGAUAGUGGCAGCGUCUUGUGGACGCCUGGAACCCCAGUAUCUGCCACCUCGUCCAGGCGGUGGAUUCGGUGCCGGUGCUGGCAGCGGAGCUGGCGGGGCGGGCAGUGGAGUAUUCGGCGGAUCCGGCGGAUCUGGCGGGGCGGGCGGAUCCGGCGGAUCGUUCGGCGGAUCUUACAGCGGAUCCAGCUCGUACGGCGGAAACAGCGGCCCGAACGUCCCCAUUCUGAGAUACGAGAACGAAAACAAUGGAGACGGAACCUACCGCUUCAGCUACGAGACUGGUAACGGCAUAUCCGCGCAAGAGAGCGGUGCCCCGCGCGCCCAGGGCCCUGAGGGACCCGCUGUGACGGCCGAGGGUGGAUUCUCAUACCGCGCUCCCGACGGCCAACAGAUAUCCCUCUCCUACACCGCCGACGAGAACGGCUUCCACCCAGUUGGAUCCCACCUCCCCACUCCACCCCCCAUCCCGGAAGAGAUCCUCCGCUCGAUUGAAUUCAACAGACGCAACCCGUCCUCUGAAGGUGCGUACAACCCAGGCGCAGGUUCGGGAGGCAACGGCGGCUCCAACGGCUACCACUAC